UGCCUGUCGUCAUUCUCGCAUAAUGGCAUUUAGUUCUUAAGUGGUGCGAGUCGUGCUGCGAAUCGUGGGGCUCGCGCUGGACGAGAUCCCUUCGAACGCGUCGAACAUUUCAUAGUGACAGCGUACAGUGUUGGGGGAUUUCCGCGGAAACGACAUCCGCGUCCUCGCCAUGCGAGUGGAUAACGUGCGCGUUUGAUGGGCAAUACGACCGGACGACGGACGAGUUGCGUCGCCGAGACGGAUUGUGCGGACGGCACGUACAGGGCCAUACGACACCAGCAGAUACACUGCGUUGAGUCGCCAAUCGCAUCAUCGAUACGCUCCUCGUUCAGUUCGUUGUUCAAGCAGGGUUCGAAAAGGAGUAACAGCAGCACCGCCAGCAGUAACCAUAGUUACGAAGUGGAAACGUGGCCGGUGAGCCAAACGGAAACUCUGUUCCUGCCUCUCUUCCCGACGAAGGCCCACCAGAAGUCUCAAGCGUUCACAUUCGCUGGUGAGCUCGCCGACGGUGCCUUUGGUAAGGUGUGCAAGGUGGUCGCACAUGAUCCGAGCGAAUCAUAUGCUAUUAAAAUCAUAUCCAAGUCAAAGGUAAUCGAGGAGAAUUUAGUCGGAUGCAUUCUUUUGGAGUCUGAAAUCCUCAAAGCUGUGGGGCAUCAUCCGUUUAUCGUGCGUUUCGUUGAUAACUGGCAGAGCAGGAGAAAAUUGUACAUUUUGACGGAGCUGGUUCCGCAUGGUGAGCUGUAUGGUUUGCUUCAGCAGCACUCGAUUUUCCCCCUGCUAGUUGUGCAGUUAUACGUGGCGCAGCUGGCGCUUGUUCUCGACUUCUUGCUCAACGCCGGCGUCAUCUAUCGCGACCUAAAGCCCGAAAACCUUCUGCUCGACGAUCAAUUGAAUCUGAAAGUGAUCGAUUUUGGCUUCUCCAAGUGGUUGGCGCAUGGCGCACGCACCCGCACGGUUUGCGGCACGCCGAAGUACAUGGCGCCAGAGAUUUGGUCGGGCCAGCCGUAUGGGCAUGCGGUGGAUUGGUGGUCGAUGGGGGUCGUCGCUUGCCGAAUGUUGACCGGGCAGUUUGUGCGAUUGGAGCCGGACCCCAGCCCGGUGUCGAAGCCCAAGAAAGUUCAUCUGCCCGACUCCGUGGAGCUGGACGUGCCGUCCACGGACUUGCUUCUGCGUCUGCUCGAACUGGACCCGGCCAAACGUCUCCGAACUCUGCGCGCUCUUCAACAGAUCCGCUUCUAUUUCAAAUUCAGCUUUGACGAUGUGCGUAAUAAGCGCAUCGUCGGGCUGGAGCUGUGGAAACGCUUUCAUCCCAAGUUCACGCUUGAGUAAUGUUUGUGCUUUCGAAUAAAUAAAUUGAUUAGGUUGUA